UUGGUCAAGCAGACUGCACAUCUCUGCAGGGAGGCGACAGAAAAUUCCAGGCAAACCCGUAUCUCCCGAUAAACUUGAACGCAGCACAGAGAAUGAUGCGUUGAGGGUUAGAGAGGACGAUGACAACAAAAAUGGACACCGACCGAAAAUAACCAGGCCCUCAGUGUCAGAUGUCCCACUGGCACUAAAUAACUGAAAGGCAAGAUUGCCCAAAGCUAAGAGGCAUGGAGGUCCGCUUUGGUAACAUCGUGUUUAGCUCCAAGUUUGACUCAGGGAACCUAGCCCGAGUGGAGAAGGUAGAAAAAGGGAACUCAAGCCCCCCCUCUGAUGGACCCUCUGUGGGAAGUUCCCUCUCAGGGCCACACCUCACCCCUGACUACGAAUUCAAUGUCUGGACCCAGCCAGACUGUGCAGGCACAGAAUACGAGAAUGGAAACAGAUCCUGGUUUUACUUCAGUGUGCGGGGAGCCAUGCCGGGGAAAUUGCUGAAGAUUAAUGUGAUGAACAUGAACAACCAGAGAAAGCUUUAUAGCCAGGGUAUGGCUCCUCUCGUACGGACCUUACCAGGCAAGAACCGCUGGGAAAGAAUCCGGGACAGACCCACAACAGAGAUUGUAAACAACCAGUUCAUUCUGUCUUUCACUCACCGGCUGCUGGAUGUGCGUGGAGCAACCACCUUCUUCUCCUUCUCCUACCCAUUCUCCUACAAUGAGUGUCAGGAGAUGCUGCAGCAGCUGGAUCAGAGCUACCCCAAUGCUGCUCAGCUCAGUCCGAGCAGUCCACCAGGCACUGUGUAUUAUCAUAGGGAAUUGCUGUGCAACUCUCUCGAUGGCAAUAGGGUGGACCUCCUCACUGUGACCAACUGCAGCGGCAUGCAGGAUGAGAGAGAAGCAUGUCUACCCAAGCUGUUUCCUGACACCAACACUCCCAGACCACAUCGUUUCCCGGGCAAGAGGGUGUUCUUCCUCAGCAGCCGUGUGCAUCCAGGAGAAACUCCGUCCUCGUUUGUGUUUAACGGUUUCCUCAACUUCAUUCUUCGACGAGAUGACCCACGUGCGCACAUGCUGCGCAACAUGUUUGUGUUCAAGCUCAUCCCAAUGCUCAACCCUGACGGGGUUGUCCGAGGACACUACAGAACCGAUUCCAGGGGGGUGAACCUCAACAGACAGUAUUUGAACCCCAGCCCUGAACUGCAUCCUUCCAUCUAUGCAGCCAAAACUUUACUGCUCUACCACCACACACACAAUAGAUUACACAUUACACAACCCACCACACACAGCAACAGCACCCUCCAGACGCAACCCACUCCUCUAAACAACAAGCCCACCAAUCAGCAUCAGUCUCCUCCCCUCACUCCCCUUGAAAUCAGCUUGAACCAACGCAAUGCAGAGAAAGGGGGAAGUUCUGCACAAACAGAGGUUCCCAUGGUGAUGGAGAACAGCUGGACCACUGAAGAGUCGGGGAAAAAAGACCGGAACUGCUCUUCAGAUUCCUCAGAGAAGCUAGCUUCUCAAACUGAAGAUAGAACUGAUCCAGUGGCAGAGGAGAGUGAAGCAGUGCCUCCCCAGGAGGGAGGAGUGGCGUAUUACGUGGAUUUACACGGCCAUGCCUCUAAACGCGGAUGUUUCAUAUAUGGAAAUAACCUUCCAGAUGAGAGCCAGCAGGUGGAGAACAUGCUCUACCCACGGCUGAUUGCUGUGAAUUCUGCUCACUUUGAUUUCCUUGGCUGUAACUUCUCUGAGAAAAACAUGUAUGCGCGUGACAAGAGGGAUGGGCAGUCUAAAGAAGGCAGCGGCCGAGUGGCCAUUCACAAAGCGAUAGGACUGCUUCACAGUUAUACUUUGGAGUGCAAUUAUAACACGGGAAAAACCAUGAACAGCAUCCCACCCGCCUGCCAUGACAGCGGACGGGCGACCCCACCUCCACCCUCUUCAUUUCCUCCUAAAUACACUCCAGAAAUAUUUGAACAGGUGGGACGUGCUGUGGCGGUCUCUGCCCUGGAUAUGGCUGAGUGUAAUCCGUGGCCACGCCUCGUGCUUUCUGAGCACACCUGCCUAACCAACCUGCGAGCCUGGAUCCUCAAGCACGUCCGCAAUACCAAAAGUCUGAAUAUGCAUAUCAACGCGCUGCCAAAAGGACAUAACGGCAGCAAGGUGUCGCCACCAAAAAGUUUCAACAACUUCUUGUCCGGAUCAGCAUCAGAAAACACGAUCAGCCGCGUUCGCUGCAACAGCCAGAGCAGCAGCAGCCAGACCCCCUCUCCCAAAAUGCACAGUUCCCCGAGCUUUACCUUCGGCUGCCCCCCUCCCAGAAGUCACGCGCAGCACAGCAGCACACAUCCCAGUGGACGAGGAGCCAACAGGACACAUGGACCUGUUAGGGACGCUAAGCCUCAGGAGAAGAGACGCCCCUCCCACAACCGUCCCGUUCUCCGAUCUCCCAGCAACAGCCACAAACCCUCCCGCCCCCCUCUGUCCCCCCCUUCCUCCUCCUCGUCCUCCUCCUCUUCAGUAUGUGCGGCAGGUUCCUGUCCCCUUCCGGCUCCGGUCAAUAUAACAGGCAUCAGCUGCCCAGAUUUUAAGGUUGAAGGAGCCAGUUUGGCUGGCUGGUCCAGAGCACCAUUCCCAGCGCGUGCCGGCCGUGUUGGCCGAAGCUGUCGAGGUGUCGCAGUCAGUCAUCGCUCCGCUGAGAGCUGUAGAGAGAUGUCUAAAGACACACGGCCUCAACAUAUCCUGUCAUCAUUCAAAAUCAGCAAGUGCGAGCUGCAGCCGCACACCAGCCGCAUCCCCAUCCGCAAAGCAGGGUCCUCUGAGGCUCCCCUCCCACACCUUAAAGCUUCUGUUUCCACGUCUGGAGACAGUGAGGUGGCCUCCAGCAUGAAAGUCCUGAAGCUCCUCAGACCUGGGCUCCACAGACAUCUGGCCAUGUCAGGCUUAUCCAAAAAGGAUGGUGCCUUAAAGCUGGCCUCCAGAACGCUGCUAGUAAAGGACACAGAGAAGAGUCCAAUUUACACCACAGAACCCAUCACUGUGCCUACAGCGGAAAUGGACAGAACUGCAGAACAGGCUGAGGAGAGUCCAGCUAUGCUGGGGCCAGAGGCUGCCAACAUGUGUGAGACAGCGACCCUGUGUGGAGAAGCUUAGACACUGCACCCAGGUCCAGGAGCUCACAAAUAGACUAAACUACAGUAUUUAUUUUUUGCCAACUGUAAGCUCACAUUAAAAUUCCAAAUUAUUAACCAAUAUUUCAAAUAAGAGGAGGAACUGUCAUUUCUUAAGUGUUAAAUAUGCUAUACAACGGAUUUAGUGACCUUUUGAAUGGCUGAGCAGCCAUUGAAGAUCCAAGUGCCUUUCUUUACGACACUGAAACAGCAGCUGGAGUAGUGCAGCAUAAAUUGUUUUCAAGCUGAAGAAUAAACUUGAAAUAUCCCUGUAACAUUUCA